AUGGAUGGGUAUGCGACUGCAUGGGUUGCUCAUAAUCUACCAUUGCUCGUGGUCUCCGGGUUAGGAGCUGAUCCAUCACUCACCAAUGCCAGAUUAAAGGAAGGAGGGGUGCUAAUCACUUCUGAUAUUGCGCCAUUGGAAUCAGAGGAUGCGAAUUACAUUCUAAAAUAUUUCAAAGCCAAUAACGCAGAGAAUCUUCCAUGGAAUGGAUCCGAGCAUAUUGCAUUGUUGAGCGAAACACCUGGAGUGCCAUCUUCUGAUGUAGAAGAACGUCUUUCCAAUAUUCGUAAAGCAACUGGUCUUGAUUCGAAAACUUCCUUGUUCUUCUUACCUCCUCAAAGCUCUCCUGUUGAAAUUGAAGCUUUUGUUGAGACGAUUUAUUUUACCAUAUACCCGCUUUGUAUUGAAUAUUACCGUGACUUGAGCAAGCACUCAAGAAGGAAGCGCAAUCGCGGCGUAGUCCCACCUCCAACAGCACCACCCACAUCCGGAACUUCACAAACAUUAACCGGGCAAGGAUGGAACGUGAGGUAUGACUUUAAGCUUGGAGUUUUUGCCGAAUUCAGGCAGGAGAUGGAUGUAGCUGUUCGUUCAUUUGAGAGUGGCUAUGAAGCAUUGUUGGGUGAAGAGGUCCUUGAGACAAUUGCAACUUGGAGUCCUCGCUUCAAUGAAGGACGUCUCAUCGCUGAUGUCUUUGCAAUAAGAGUAUUGCGGUGUCUAUUAUGGAAUGGACAUACAUCCACAGCAGUCCGUCGAUGGCAACUACAUCGGGAUAGAGUACGUGAUUUUGUAGAUCGUAGAGGCAAAGGUUCAUCAACAUAUGGUUGGCAAGCAUGGGAAGCUCGCUGGGCAACCAUCAUGGCGGAGAUGAUUGAGAAAGUCGGUUUUGUGGAUUUUACACAAUCAAAAUCGACAAUAUACCUACCACUUGAUAAACUUACUUUAACUGGGACGCAGCCAUGGGAGAAUCUACAUCAUCCAGGAUUUUGGUACCGUGAGGCUUCGAAACAUUUAAUGGCUCGCCGAGCUCUUGCCUUGGCCAUACCAGAGGAAGAUAGGUCUCCCCCAGGGUCUUCGCCUGCUUCACAAAUCGCGAGUAGGGUUUAUACAUAUGAUACAUAUCUUUGUCCUCAGCCGCACGAGGAAAAUCCUUUACCAGGACGAAAAGGUGUUGAUCAUGCAAAUCUUAUAAUUGACGUUCUGAACAAAGCCAUUGCCGAAUUUCAAACAAGAGGACAACAUCGUUUAGUGCAAGAGCUCUUGUUUCAAUGUGGAAAAGAACACAUGAGGCUGGAAGCAUGGGAUGAUGCAUUACGAAUUCUUCGAGCCUUAUGGCAGAAAAUGACAUAUAGGAAUGAAGGGUGGUGGGUUGUGGUCGAGGAGAUUGCAUGGACUUUAAGAAAGGCUGCAGCUAAGGUCGGUGAUGGAGGUACAGUCGUUGCUGUGGAUUGGGAACUUCUACAUACUUGCUUUUCCCGUCGAUCGAAUUGGCAUUAUAAUAUCAAGAAGUCUUUAGACGGUUUGAGCACAGUCAAGGUUAAACCUGCUAUUGUACUUCAUGUAGAAGAAGUUCAAUCCUUCUUGACUGCAUCAUAUGCUUUUGAGAAGUCUGAAGGAAAGGUGGGCGAGCAUUCAUUGUCCCAACUAGCAAUCAGGUCUUCUGCUAUAGCUUCAUCCACCCCUGUAACAAUUAACGACAUACGUGUAGAGUUCACGGGUGGUAUGAAACCUAUUCUUCUGCGGCACAAAGCAGACAAUGGAGCUUCCGAGAUUCCAAAAUCCGGCAUUUUAUACAAAAAGACUUCAUUGGUUGACGAGUCUGCUGUAGAGAAUGGACACGAUCCAGCACCCGCUCGACAUACGUUAGCAGGACACCAAGACCUUACUUUUCGUCCAGGUCAGAUCAAGGCCUUCGAAUUUGUCAAUCUUUUGAGAGAAGCGGGCGAUGUAAAAGCUUUGAGGGCCACAUUUUCCAUUACUUCGGAUCUUUUUGACUUUGAUUAUGUCCAUUCUUUUGACAGACCAACAUUUCCAGAGAUGUGGUAUGGCGAGUCUGGGACAAAGAAGAAGCUCGUUCGUUCCAGACCGUCGUCAAUUCACGUACUUCCCAAACCACCCAAAUUGGAGCUACGUAUUCUUGAAUUACAAGACCAAUAUUAUACAAAUGAACUCGUCUCUUUACAUCUCGAAGUGAAGAACGGAGAGGAUACCGAUUCUGUCGUAGACUUAGAAGCCCGUCUUCUUGGAGAAAACGUUCCAACCAAUAUUAUAUUAAGGCGUCUUGAUCUAGCUGAUCCUCCAAAUGACACCAAGCCUGAAGAGGAAGAUAAUCAUGAAUUGUCGCUGGGCACUAUUGCUAGUGGCUCCUCCAUCACUGUAGAGAUGCUCAUUUCAUCUAUAGAUAUACCAGCAGUUUACGAUCUUAGUCUUAAGGCUUCAUAUAAUCUUGUAACGGAUCUGGAAACACCUAUAUCGCAGGCGAUGUCGGCGCAGCUUUCAAUUCUGAAUCCCUUUGAAGCUAAUUAUGAUUUCUCUCCGCGGAUUCAUCCGGACCCCUGGCCGAGCUUCUUCACCCAUGAGGAAUCAUUAGAGAUCGGAGCCGAUGGACAAGACUACGAUCGCGAAGCAUUUGGGUUGGCACAAAAAUGGUGUCUAACGACUCGCUUUGCUUCAUUUGCAACAGAAGACAUAAUUGUCGAAGAUGUUGACGUUGAAAUCCUUGGUGUACAAGGUGGCAUCAAGUGCUCCACGAAAAGGUUAACCACAAUCCCUGAGGGAGGCGUGAAAGUUAGUCCGAGAGUCCUCGAAGAAGCUCAAUUUGAUACUUUUACACAAAAGUACUCACUCGACGACCGAGGUACAGCCACUCUUGAUUUAUCUCUUGUCAUUAAAUGGCGUAGAGACAAAGACAGUUCCACUAUAAAUACAUGUAUAGUACCUGUCCCACGUCUUCUCGUCUCAAGCAGCGAACCUCGAGUCCUAGCAGCAGUAACUUAUUCAUCAACCAUAUCAUCCAUGAUCCAUUUCGACGUCACAAUCGAGAAUCCUUCACAUCAUUUCCUCUCUUUUGCAAUCACAAUGGAACCCAGCGAACAAUUCGCCUUUUCGGGCGUCAAACAGUCUACGUUGCAAUUAGUCCCACUUUCAAGAAGAACUAUUAAGUUUAGAUUACUACCGACGGUUAGAGGUGAUUGGAUUGGACCAAUUAGGUGUGUGAUUAGGGAUAGGUAUUUUCAGAAGGUGUUGAAGAUUGCUCCGACGGAGGGAAUGAAGAGUGAGAAGGAAGGAUUACUUAUUUGGGUUCCAAGUGAUGAGGAGUUUUGA